AUGGGUAAGUGCAUGAGAAAUGAUAAAAUCACAGGAGGCGUUGCCGUCAUGGAGGUCUCUCAGGCGUCCCUGGGCGUCCGAACCAGAGCCAAAACCCUAGCCCUUCAAAGGCUCCAAUCAACAACCAAAUCCCCAACACCUAUCCCCCUAAACCCAGAAUCAUGUUAUCUUCGGCUUCGCUCUAGAAGGCUCGAAAAGUGUCCAUUGCUCACCGACACCAGAAGGCAACUUCAAGAACAACAAAAAUCAACCCCAAAAGGGAGUUGCAGAGGAAACCCCGAAAAAAAUCUACAUGCAAACUUUGAUUCUAGGGCGAGUUCGAGGUUGAGGAUGAGUUCUGGGAACGCGGGUUCUGUUGGAUCAGUCUCAAUUAUCUGUUGCCAGAAAGAUUUGGGCGGAACUACUGAUAGGGCUCGCAAAGAUUACGAACCAGAUAGCUACGAUUUGGGUGUUGAGGUUUCUUGUGGAGAGAACAAUUUGGAGUUUGAACCAAAAGAUAGAAGCACUAGGGAAAGCACACCUUGUAGCUUGAUAAGGGAUUCAAACACCAUUGCGACCCCCGGUUCUAAUACGAGACUGACUAGUUCAACUAUGGAUAAUCAAAGAAUUAGAAGUGCCAGGCAAAGACUGAUUCCUACAUCAAAUGAAAUAGAGGAAUUCUUCACCCGGGCAGAGCGGCAGCUACAAAAAAAGUUUAUAGAGAGGUACAACUUUGAUGUCUUGAAUGAUUUGCCUAUUACAGGACGUUAUGACUGGGUGAGAGUGAAUCCUUAAGCAGGAUAGAUGUCGUUGCAGGUUUCUGUUGUCAGCAACUUCUUUGUUGGUCUCUUGUUGCGAAUUUCAAUGCCUAGAGGCUAAGCCUCCUGAUGGGUUCUCUCAACCGGUUUCCUGAGGCGCUGCUCAUGGUGGUGAGGGUGCCGUGAAUUCAGAGGUGGUGGUCUUUUAGGAAAGCAGUGAUGGCUAUGAUUCUUUGGAGAUUGGUUUUGUCUUGAACAAGAUAGCAGAGUUAAUUUCUAUGGACAAUGGCCGGAGGGAGACCCUUGUUUUUAUCUUGUCUUGGUGAUUCUAAGGCAAACACCAGCCGUCCUAGAAACGGCAAGAAGGCCCUUUAUUUUGGACCACAUAUUCGGGGUGAAAAUAGUCAAUUUGACAAUUUCAUUUGAGACUUCAAGCCUCCGUCUUAGAAGAGAGAGAGAUUGACCAUCUGACU